UUUUAUUUGCGAAUCGAUUUUUUGUAUAGGGCCUUUUUUCGUUUUUGCCUUCGCGUCAUUUGUGAGGGCUUAUUUUAUUGGUUUUUCGAUUUUAUUAAUUUUUUUUUUCAUUUAAGUUUUACUCAGUAUUCUUUAAAAUUUAAAAAUGUACAUACAACAACGUUGGUUUGUCAACAGCUCGUGGUUCCGGUACAAAUGCUUAUGUUCAGUCAAAUGUUGCUAGUCUUAUAGUUAGCUUUUCACGGGAUAAAAUCGUUUACAAUGCUGAAGAGGAUAUUGCUCGUGCCGAAGCAGAAGUAAAUAAAACACCAAAUUUGGAGUUGUUGGAUCAUGAAUAUAAGCGGUUAAUUGAAAUUGUGUGGAAUUUGAAGACUUGGUGGAAGGAAAGGGAUUCAGUCAAGAAGAAAUUUGAAAGUGGCCGAUUUGCGUAAUUCACAUUCUCGUGCAAAAGUGGCAAAACAAGGACGAAGCAAUAUGCGGUGGGCAUUAGGUAUUGAUGCUUCUUUUGUUGGUGGAUCUUCAAUGGAGAAACUUAAAAAAGCAAGUACAAUAAUACACAAAGAAGCAAAGGAAAUGGAAAAAUCUAUGAUGGAAAAGCUUUUGGAAAAAAUCAAGGAAAAGCGUGAACAAAAGAAGGAAAUCAAAAAGAUGAAGCAUGUGAUGCGUUAAAAGAAAAAAGAUGAGAGCGACGAUUCUUCUUCAUCUGAUUCAGAUUCCUCAGACUCGUCUUCGACAGAUUCUUCAUCCUCGGAUGACUGGGACAAAACUUCAACAACAACUCUUCGACAUCUUCAACAUCAACUAAAGUCCCCCUGGGCAACUCAAGUCCCCCUGCCUUCGUGCAGGGGCAACUCAAGUCC